UAGUACAGAGAGAGGUGGGAGCGCAGAGGCAGGGCAGUCGCUAUGAGUGAGGGAUAAUGACAGACCGGCACGGCCGGAGUUUAGCAGAAAAAUAAGAGCCCUCUGAGCAGAAUCUAGAACCGCCGCGAAAACCCACUAAACCCCGCGGCGGAAACAUGCGUUCUGACAGAAAUUUGCGCGUCCGUGUUUCACUUGUGCCUUUGCUAACACCUUCAGGGAGUUCACAUGUUUCUGCGCGUCGACAAGGAGGCAAUGUUUAGGCGCAGACGAGCGACGGAGCCCCGCGGAGUUUGGAUGUGUGUUUGGUAGCUUGUCAGAUGAAAGAGUACAGUUUGUUGAAUCGAGAGAAACCGCUUCAAGGAGCACCACGAAUGUAGCCUCCAAGGGGAAAGGCGAAACACUGUACCUGCCAGUGUCUUCCUUUGGUCACCCUGCUGUGUGUUUCGGUUUCUCGUAGUUCUGUGAGGCUAACAUAUAGGAGAGGAUGCAGGUGAAGAAGCAAAGGGACUCGGACCGGAGCGGCGGGGACAUACUGGAAGGAGACGGCCUCCGCAAAAACUCUUCAUGUUUCUCAAAUAUCAAGAUAUUCUUGAUAUCGGAAUGCGCCCUGAUGUUGGCACAGGGCACCGUCGGAGCAUACCUGGUGAGUGUGCUGACCACCCUGGAGCGGCGAUUCAACCUGCAGAGUGCUGACGUCGGAGUGAUAGCCAGCAGCUUUGAGAUAGGCAACCUGGCACUUAUCCUGUUUGUCAGCUAUUUUGGGGCCAAAGCUCAUCGGCCCCGUCUGAUCGGCUGCGGUGGCAUCGUCAUGGCACUCGGCGCUCUUCUCUCAGCUUUGCCUGAGUUUCUGACAAAUCAGUAUGAGAUAGGGGAAGUGUGGAGGACUAACGAGGGUCGGGAUGUUUGCUCCAACACUAGCAGUAUGGUGGCUCAGCAAGCUGAGAAAAUUGUGUGCGAGAACAAGGCCAACACCAACAUGAUGUACCUGCUGCUGAUCGGAGCCCAGGUCCUGCUGGGGAUUGGAGCCACACCAGUGCAGCCCCUGGGGGUUUCCUAUAUUGAUGAUCACGUAAAGAAGAAAGACUCCUCACUUUAUAUAGGAAUCCUCUUCUCUACACUGGUGUUCGGGCCUGCCUGUGGUUUCAUCCUUGGAUCCCUGUGCACUAAAUUUUAUGUGGACGCCAUCUUCAUUGACACUAGUAAGCUGAACAUCACUCCAGACGACCCGCGGUGGAUCGGGGCCUGGUGGGCAGGCUUCCUCCUGUGUGGUGCCUUACUCUUCUGCUCUGCUGUCUUGAUGUUUGGCUUCCCUCAGUCACUGCCAACAAAGGAGCGGGAGGAGGGAGCAGACAGCGAGCAAGUUAUGCUUCCUCCCUCUCUGAGCUCAGACUGUGAGACUCCAAAGCCCAGCAAUGGAGUCGUAGUUAACCAUGAGCCUGCCAAUAGCCCCACCUGCUGUCAGCAACUCAGGGUGAUCCCCAAGGUGACCAAGCACCUCCUGUCAAAUCCCGUAUUCACCUGCAUCGUCCUGGCAGCCUGUAUGGAGAUCGCUGUCGUAGCCGGCUUUGCAGCCUUUCUGGGGAAAUACCUCGAGCAGCAGUUCAACCUCACCACCACCUCUGCAAAUCAGCUGUUAGGUAUGACUGCUAUUCCAUGUGCAUGUUUGGGGAUCUUCAUGGGUGGUCUGCUGGUGAAGAAGCUGAACUUAUCAGCGCUAGGAGCAAUCCGAAUGGCCAUGCUGGUCAACCUGCUAUCCACCGCUUGCUACGUCUCCUUUCUGUUCCUCGGCUGUGACACGGGUCCCGUCGCGGGAGUGACUGUCCCGUACGGCAAUGAGACACUACAGCAGGGCAUGAAGCCAGAUGCUCAGUGCAACAGUCACUGCAACUGCUUCACCUCCUCCAUCAGCCCUGUGUGCGGCUCCAACGGCAUCACCUACCUGUCCGCCUGCUUCGCCGGCUGCACCCGCACAGGGAUCUCUCAGACCACAUCCAACAUUUCUCAGAACCUGACCGGCUGCGCCUGUAUAGCCGCAGAAAAUGAAUUUGCCACGGCGGUUCCAGGGAAAUGCCCGAUGCCGGGGUGUCAGCAGGCUUUCCUCAUCUUCCUGUGUGUGAUUUGUGUCUGCAGCCUGGUUGGAGCUAUGGCCCAGACUCCCUCUGUCAUCAUCCUAAUCAGGACCGUGAGCCCUGAACUGAAAUCAUACGCGCUCGGUGUGCUGUUCCUUUUGCUACGACUCCUUGGAUUCAUCCCCCCUCCUCUGAUCUUCGGUGCUGGGAUCGACUCCACUUGCCUUUUCUGGAGUUCAGACUGCGACAAAAAGGGGGCCUGCCUGCUGUAUGACAACUCCAGUUACAGGCACCUCUACGUCAGCCUGGCUAUCAUUCUCAAGGGCGUCGCCUUCCUCCUGUACUCCACCACGUGGUAUUGCUUGCGGCGGAAUUAUAAGAAGUACAUCAAAAGCCACGAGGGCCACAUGACGCCGACUGAGUUUUACCCAUCUCUCACCGACGGCCCCAAACUCGUCGACAGGACGAAGUUUAUAUACAACCUCGAGGACCACGAGUUUUGCGAAAAUAUGGAGUCUGUUUUAUAAUUUGUAAAGCAAAAAAAAAAAAAGACAAUGUGGACAUUUAAAUUACUAUUUUAGGAUUUUUUUUCUUCUUUCUUGAAAGGUUAAAA